CAAAACCGCGCGUAAAUCUGUGUUCCAUUUUUAAUUUUUAUGUUUUUUUUUUUUUUUUCACUGGCCACUAUUUUUUCGGGCGUGUGCAAGAUGUUCAAUAUUACUAUUUUAUUGUUGGCGGUAGUGACAGCCCUGUGUCAGCCGCAACAGCCCUACGACUAUUACCACGUGUUGCACCUCCCCCACUCGCCUCCCCUCCACCCCGUGCUGCACGUCGCACCCCCCACAGACUUCACGUGCGCCGGAAGGCCGAGGGGCUACUACGCUGACGUCAGCGCUGGCUGUCAGGCUUACCAUUUCUGCUGGCGCCAGCACCUGGUCAGCACCGACCUCUGCGCAAACGGGACCCUUUUCAAUGAACAAUUCCAAGUUUGCGAUCAUUUUUACAACGUGCGAUGUGGAUCUCCGUAUGAAGACUUAUAAAUGUUAGUACAACUCAAUUUAUUGUAAUAUUUAUUUUAUGUUUUGUUUAUGUUUUAAUACAGAACAUCCUUUUUAAAUGUC